AUGGAUCAACAAAUCCAGCAGGCUGUGGAAAUCGCUUUAAGCGGAACCUCUGAUCCUCAGUUGAAGAACCAAGCCUUACAAUUCAUUAAUGAGAUCAAGUCUACGGAAGAAGGUUUCAAGUCGUGUGUCGAUAUUCUCCUUGAGUCAUCGGCCAAGGGAGGCACAUUAAACAAUGGUCUUAAAUUUUUUAUCUUUCAAGUCAUAGACGAAAAUACAGACAAGUUGAGCCAGGAACAGUUGUAUGCUUUGAAUACAAACUUGUUCAAGUAUCUAAAUGAUGUUAUCGCAGCAAAUUUGAAUGAUGAAGUUUAUUUGAAAAACAAACUAAGCGACUUGUUUGGUCGCAUGUUCUGCUACGUUUACCCCCUGAUUAAUGUGGAUUUUUUGAAAACCUUCUUGAUACUCAUUCAAUCACAAAACUUGAUGAGCAUUGAUUAUUAUAUGCGUACAUUGAUCUCCAUUCAUUUUGAAAUUGGGGAUAAACUCAUCUCUAGGGCCAAGGAUUCACAAGAACGCAACAACUUUUUGAAAGAUCUUAUUCGAGACCGCGAUAUGUCUGCCUUGGUUUCGAGCUGGAAAUCGGCCCUCACCGAAAUCAAGGACACCGUCAUUCUUGACAAUACGUUAAAAGUGGUUGGAUAUUAUAUUGAUUGGAUGGAUUUUUCGUUGUUCAUGCAAGAUGGCUUCUUGAGUAUAAUCUACGAAUUCUUGAAGAACCACGAAUUGCGCAACCAGGCCUGUCUCACUCUUUUGGAGAUGAUAUCCAAGAAGAUGAAGCCCAUCAACAAGCUCCAAUUGAUAAACAUGUUAGAGUUGACAUCUGUCAUUGGGUCUUUGAAAGACGACGAUUUGGACUUCAUUGAGAAUUUAUCCAGACUUUCGAACCAAAUUGGAAUGGAGCUCUGCAUUGCUUUAGAAAAUGAUCCGUCGCUCGUGUCAGAGAUAAGUCUUCAAUUGGCGAAGUUAUGGCCCAUAACGCUCGAAUUCUUGAUUCAUGAAUACGACGACGUCUCUCAACAAGUUUUUCCAUUUAUUCAACAAUACUUGUUGAUUGCCAAGAAAUUCCCUGCCGUUACUUCCAACGAAUUACUGUCUGCUCUUCUCAAAAACAUAAUUGAGAAGAUGAGAUAUGAGGCUGACAAUGAUGGCUUCGAUGAUGAUGAUCAAUUCAUGGAUAUUCGUCAAAAAUUAAAAACAUUUCAAGAUACCAUUGCCGGCUUAAAUCCCUCCUUGUACUUAGACGUCGUUCCGCUUAUGAUUGAAAGUUCCAUUUUCGGUGGUCAGUCGGCCUCUGAGAGUCAAAGCUGGAAUGUUGUGGAAUUAGGCUUGUAUGAACUAAGCAACUUUGCCGAUUCGUUGAAAAACAACUUGAUCAAUCUCCCAAAAUCGGAAAUUUCGACCUCCAAGCCCUAUCGGGCUGUACAAGACUUAUUGAUCAAGAUCAUUAACAACGUUCAUAUACUUAGCCACCCAAAGAAUCAACUUGCCUUUUUUGAGUUGAUAAUUCGUCAUUUUAGCACAAAAAAUUUUCUGAACACCACUCAAACGAGCAUGGAUGAGCUUUCUUCGAAGAUUCUAGAAUUGUUUUCGGAAUACGGAUUGUUCAACGGAGUCGAAAGCGUGAGAUUGAGAUGUUGGUACCUUUUCUUUCGAUUCGUGAGCGCUACAAAACCAGGUCUCAACUCUUUCUUUUUGGAAAAUUUGUUGAUCAAACUUCAACCUCUUCUAGUUAUCAAAGCUGAAUUACCCACGCGGGAUGAAGAUAAUGAUCUUGUCGAGCAUGGCAAUUUUAAUAGCCAGCUUUAUUUAUUCGAAGCACUUGGUAUGUUGGUCACAUUAACCAAUUCUCCGCAAACAUGUGCAACGUCCGUUGACGUUCUCUUACAGCCAUUGUUUGGAAACUUGGAGGCUUGCAUAUCGAGAGACGACAAAGACAUCAAUCCUUUAAUACCUUUGCAAACUCAUCAUCUGUUAUUUGCAAUUGCCACCAUUGUAAAGGGUCUUGAUACGCUGGCCCCAGGAAAAUCCGACUCAUUGAAAAGCAAUGCGGAACUUGCGAUCAAGAUAGGAAAUGCUGCACAAGUUGUGUUAAUUUCUUUGGAAAAUUUCAACAAAUUUGAAUCGGUUAGAGACGCAGCUCGCUUUGCCUUUGCUCGUCUUGUGCCCAUUAUGGAGACCCGAAGCAGUGCCUAUUUAAGCAAACUCAUAUCCCUCAUCUUGGCAUCUCCCAACCUCAAAAUUCAGGAAUUGGGGGAUUUUGCGGGCUUUGUUGGUCAACUCGUGCAUCAAUUCAGAAACAACGAAUCCGUGUUCCAGUUGUUGAAUGAUUUGAUGACCCCCAUGAUUCAAAAAAUCUACGAGACGCUCACAAUUGAAGAUGAGAAUUAUCCCAACUUGGUGAGAGAGAAAUACGAUUUGAAAAAGUCUUUUCUUUCGUUCAUAAGCAUUUUGGUGAUAAACAACCAAUUCUCUCUUUUAUUGACCGAAACUAAUAAGGCCAUUCUUCCCAAGAUUUUGAGCUCGAUGGUAGAAUUCUCUUGCGAUUUGUUCGAUUCCAUGACCGCAAAAUCAGCUAUUACUCAAUUUGGGAAUGUGAUAACUGUUUUGGGCUGUAAUGGGGGUAAGCUAAAUGACAAUUCAGAUAUGUUUGCAUCUACUCUUGCUCCCAUCGAGGGAAUUGACGAAUAUUUGAUGGAUAGCACUGUUAAAUUGUGUUUUGAAUUACCGUUUCGUGAGAAGGAUUUCAAUUUGAAAGACGCGCAAAUCCGCAAUAUUGCGAUGGAGUUAUCGAUUCUCUUGACCACAUACCAAAAGCGCCUGUCGCAGCAAGAGUUCGUACACUUUCUCGCAAAUUAUUUGACUAAGAUGGGGCUCGAUGAGGAAAUCGCAAAAGACUUUUGCACGAACUUGGUUCAAUUGAGUGGCAAAGACUUUAAAAAGUAUUACGUGACGUUCUUGGGGGAGUUAAAAAAAUAG